GCACUUCGCAGGUCUUUAGACGCGUCCGAAUUUUGGCGUCACACAGAUUAAAAGAUCGCCGGCACUUGUCUCCUUUGUUCCAGCGUCAGCGUUCUUGGGAAUGUCAACAACUCUAGGCUGCCGGUUUUUCCCACCAGGUCUCGCGAGUGUCUUAAAUGGGCUCUGAAAGGGGAAAAUUUGAACACUCGGACACGCCGGGUUUGGACUCUUGCGCAUGUGCAGUGACCCCAAGGCGCGGAGGGCAAACCCUGAGUCGAGUCCCGCCGGUGUAGUGCUCUCCCGGAGCAGUGUCCCUGCGUGGCAUCUUCAGAAUGUCUGCCCCGUUUGAGGAGCGCAGCGGGGUGGUUCCUUGCGCGACUCCGUGGGGACAGUGGUACCAGACCCUGGAGGAGGUGUUUAUUGAAGUCCAGGUGCCUCCGGGCACUCGCGCGCAGGACAUCCAGUGUGGCCUGCAGAGUCGGCACGUGGCUCUGGCCGUGGGUGGCCGCGAGAUCCUCAAGGGGAAAUUGUUUGACUCUACAAUUGCUGAUGAAGGAACAUGGACUUUGGAGGAUAGAAAGAUGGUCCGCAUCGUCCUGACAAAAACCAAGAGAGAUGCUGCAAACUGUUGGACUUCCCUUCUAGAAUCUGAAUAUGCAGCCGACCCCUGGGUGCAAGACCAAAUGCAGAGGAAACUUACGUUAGAGCGAUUCCAGAAAGAGAAUCCUGGGUUUGACUUUAGUGGAGCAGAAAUCUCAGGGAACUACACAAAAGGUGGACCAGAUUUCUCAAACCUUGAGAAAUGACUGCUGUUGAGUAGUUUCUGUCUGUCUGUCUGUCCGUGGAUCCCGGCAGGUGCUGGCAACUUAAUGCAGCGGAUGAUGUGACGGACGAGACACCCAAUGUCUACAGUAAAAAGAUUGCAACGUGUAUUUCAGUAUGCUUGUGAAAGUUACAUUCAGUACGGUUUGCGUAGGCCAUAGAGCAGCUCUGCUGUGGAUAGAUGGUAACUUUUAUUGCUCUGCAUUAAUUUUAUAUGCUACAUUUUCCUAAUUUCAUAUUUAAUUGUAUUUUUACUACAAAAACAUUGGAGUACAAAUCAUAUGAAAUGAAAAGGUGCCUUCAUGGAAAAAUAUUUUUUUUUGUGUGUGUGAUGCAAAAAUAAUGUUCAGUAAAUUUCUGAGUAAGAAUUGUGUACCCCUUUGUCUAAAUAUGCUUGUCUGUACACAGAAAGUACAGAGCUGAAAAUUUUUUUAAGAAAGGAAAAAAGUACACUGAAAUCCUUUGGAUAACUUGAGUUAGUAAAAAAUUCUAACUGGUUUGGUGCUGCCUAAGUGAUUAUGUCAAGAAAUUGAAAACUGAUAAAACCCUAACAACAUAAGAGAAGUUAAUUGCCUCUUAUUGUCAAAAAACAAUUUAGGCCCCUUUAGGCCCCUGAGUGUAGGCCACAGGCUUCAUUUAAUUUCAGUGAUUCAGAUAAAGUGGUCUAGAAAAAAAAAUUCUUUCAUUUUCUUUGUGUUUUUUAAAUCUUGAAAAAAAUUGAAAUGUGUAAAAAGCUUACAAGUCAAAUGUUAACAGAUUGAAAUCUUACACUUUUUCUAAUAAAUUGACAUGUUGUCACCUCAA